UUAGUGAUUACAAUACAUACUCUUUGAUCAUUGUUUAUCGUGUUGUUAUCACUCGUAGAGUACAAUGGAGUACAAUCGUUAAUACCUAUCGUAAUUGUAAAUAUAUGUACCUAAAAACUUAUACUGGGGGCAGGAAACUUUAAACUAAUUGGGAUAUUGAAGUUUGUAAAACUGUUAAGUUGAGAAGAAAUAAGUUUAAUAAAUAGCGUUCUAGGUCUAUACAAAGUUGAUAACCUAAGUUACCACGUAUUACAAUGUGAAAACCUAAUCUACUAUUGAAUACUUAACUCUUUUAAAGCAGAAGUUAAAGAGAAAGACCGAAAACUGUGAAUCUUUUACAUCACCAAAAAAGUAAAUCAAUAGGGCUAGGAAUUAAGACCAAUUUAACAAAAUGAAUCAAUAUGAGACAGAGAAACGCCUUUGCUGGGCUUACAGUUUGUUGACAGUUUUACUAGUAACAACUGCAAUAUGUGUGGCCAUACCUUACAACCAUUGGCGGCAAACUUUAGACGUCUGUCCAGGCAAUUGGCUUGAAAACACCAACUGUGGCUGCAUAUUUUAUGGUGUUAGUACAUUCCAGUACUUUAAUGGUGGGCGUGACUCAUACUGCUUGUACACCAUCUUUGCCCCAUUGCCAAUAUUGGUUUAUGCUCUAGUCAUGGCUGUGUUUCAUAUGUACAGAGUUUGCAUUAAUAAUAUUGGCAAAUAUGAAAGUGAGAAGUCUACUACAGUUGAAGAAAUUGAAGGGGAAUCAAUAAUAGUAACAUCGCGAGCACGGGUGCCCGCCCAGAGUGAUGGAGUGAUAUUCUGCUGGAUACCAAACGCCUGCUUAGCGGCUGUGUUCGCUAUUUACAACCUUGUGCAUGCUGCAAUCAUGACUGAUGGCUUCUUCAAGACUUGUACUCAGUAUAGAGGGUAUUUAGUUAGGCAACUUCACGCCACGGGAGACCACGCGACCACGAUCCACUUCCGUUUAUCCUGCCAAUCGAUUUUCGACUUUAUGGACUAUAUCCAGAAGGACGCACCUAACAGCCGUAGAGGCAACUUCAUCAACACUGGUAUUGCACUUCAAAUUGCAUUGAUUACUACUUGGUUUGCAGUGUUUCUGUGGAUAGUAGUUGCUGUGCAUACAGCCUUGAGGGCGUAUAAGGAAAGAGCUGUACUGACAUGCUGCGGUAAAUAAAUGCGCCAAUAGUUUUAAGCAUUAAGUACUCAAUCAAACAAGAGGGGAACUACACACUAAUUUCUUUGCAAAACAUUCUGUCACUUUCGGAGGCAGAUGAGCCACACAACAAUAUUAGCAAACAUUUAUUUGCUUAAAAUGGAGGAGGAGUCCAACUUCCAUACCUUUACUUCGUUCAUCAACUCAUUUUAUAAAAUUAUAACCAGUGUGACUGCAUACACUGACAUUUUAGUGAUGCCAUCCAAAAUUAAAAAAAAAUGCAAUAAUUAUUUCAUUUCAUUAUUUAUUAUUUAUGUCUCUUUGAGAAUUUUGGUUCUUUUAAAUCCCGUAGGAACUUUUUGAUUUUUAAAAUUGGUUCUGCGGUUGGGCCGUGAAAACGUAGCAGACAGACAGACAGACACACUUUCGCAUUUAUAAUAUUAUAGUAUGAAUUAUUUAUGUCUCUUUAACAAAAGAAUAUUUUGGUGCUGGUUCAUUAUCAACUCUAUAUUGAACUGGGACAUGCCCUUUGGCGGAGGAGUAGGUCUUCUCCACUCCUGUUUGGUUAAGUACUUAAUGGGUUUAAGUUACCAUACCAACAAUGUUAUAGUAGACAGUGGUAAUAAUAUUUCAAAAUAUCAUUUAAAAUGGACCUUGGUAAAUUAUUUCAUAUUUUGAAAUAUUUUAUGUACCUAAGGCUGAUAGAAUAUUACGAGACAACCUGCAAGAAGCGAAAGGAGUUUCAGCAAUCACUUUAAAAUUACGAGUUAUAGGUAUAUGAUUAUACAAUUUGAUAUCUAAAAAGACAAACAGAAAUUAUUCCUUUACAUUUUUACAAAAUGGUACAUAAUAUUAUUUUUAUAUACAAAUCAUAAGAUCUUUACAGAUCCCACCAAUGCACUCUUUACAAAUUUUUAGAAUUUUACAUUCCUUUACAUGGAGCAUUUAUUAUAUUAUUAACUAUAUUUAAGGUAUACUUAAUUAUUAAUAUCAUCACAACUUUAUAAACAAUUUUUUGUACCUAAAAGUUUGUUAGAACUAAUUACUUAGUGGCUACAUGCAUUUAGAAUGAGUAAUUAUUUAGGAUUAGAAUAAGGUUCAAGAGUAAGUCAGUUUAAAAUAGCAUUGAAGUCCUUCCAUUUAAAAAAAAAUAUCUUAAAACAUUAUUCUAUUAUCGGUAAGUUUAAAAGGCAACACAUUAGUAUACCUACAUAAUAUUAGGUAAAACCUCAACAAAGACUGCUCAAAAGCAUGCCUUAAUAAUACACAAAUUAUUUAUUAUUACUUCCCGCGUUAGGUACUAAAUAUUAUAGGUAUUUACAUUCACAAUUAGAUAAAGUUAGGUACAGAAAUCACUUCAUAUUUUUAGUAAGUACCUAUUUUAAUAUUAUGUUCUAUUAGGUUCUUUACAAAUAAUUUAUUUUUAAAUUUUACAAUUUUUUAUACUUAUAGUCAAUGUAAUUGUGCCGUCCAUUAUA